AAAUACUCAUUGAAAAUCACCUGAAUCGUGCCCAAACAGAACGUUUUUCCAGCGAAAUGUUUUCAUUGUGUCGAUUGUGUGCGAAACAUACGAAUGCGUCCGAUUUAACGACUGAAGUGUGUGAUAUAACAUCAAAAUUGAAAGUUUGUUGUGGAUGGAAACCAAUAGAAAAUGAUGCAGAAAUGAUGCCAAAUAAAGCAUGCAAUUUGUGCGUGGAAAAUCUUCAACAAAGUUGGAAUUUUGCCGAAAGUAUAUGGGCUGCACAACAGCAACUCAUUAAAUUGGCCAGUGAAGUGCAUCCACAAACUGAUAUCGAUCCCAUGUCGUAUGUUGAAGGAAUUAUCGAUGAUUCAAUAAAACAUGAGCCGGAUAACAGAUCUGAAACAGAUGAAGAUCAUCAACAAUUUGACACCGAAUUAUUCGUUGAACCUAUUAUUAAAUCAGAUUUCGACAGUACACAUGCCAAAAAAACAAUUCGAAGGAGUAAAAAGUCAGCGAAAAAGGUGGAAGAGAAAGCGAGCUCAACAUGUGACUCAUUUAUGGCCGCAGUUUAUGACGAAGAUCAACUGGCCGACGGCACAAUACGUGCAAGUGCUGUUGCCAGGCUUGAAAAACUAUUUCCUGAAAUGAAAACGAUAAUAUGGAACGAAUGCAAAUACAUCUGCAAAAAAUGCGAUCAAAUCAUUAAAAGUCCACAAAACUUUUUUGCACAUAAUCGAUCGUUUCACCUGGAAGAAACUCCAACGAUGGAUUUCUUCUGUUUUUAUUGUAAUUCCAAACAUAGGCGUGAACAUUUUUUAAGUCGUCACAUGGCUGUGGAACACUUUCCCCAUUUGAAAUACAGAUGCUAUUAUUGUCCGGACUAUUUUUGGGAUCCUCGUGAACAAAUGAAACAUCAAAAUAUGCAUACAGACGUUGAAUACAAGUGCGAAGUGUGCGAAUUAGUUUGCUGUAAUCGUGAUAUUUUAUAUGCGCACGUUUCACAGAUUCAUCUAAAGAAGAAAUAUACCGAUCCGGAUGCAAAAUACACAUGUGAACUUUGUAAUAAAGAUUUUGUCACAAAAUGGGGCAUCAAAACUCACAUGCUACAACAUACCAAGAAAUUUGACUAUGUAUGCGAUCAAUGUGGUUGGAAGUUCAAAACCAAGGGAAAUCUGAAAGGUCACAUGGAAACGACACAUACGGAUGAAAAACCAUUUGCUUGUAAACAGUGCGAAAGAAGAUUCAAGACAAAACACCAAUUAAAAAGCCACGAUGAAAUGCAUUCAGGAUUAAAGAAAGUGGAGUGUACGGUGUGUCAUAAAAGGGUCCGCAAGCAGUAUGAUUUGACGGUUCAUAUGCGAAGCCAUAAUAAUACGUAUCCCUAUAGUUGUAAAUAUUGUGAGAAAAAGUUUCGUCAUACGAGCAGCCUAAGGACUCAUGAACGCGCACACAAAAAUGAUAAACCAUAUGCAUGUGGUCAAUGUGCUUAUCGAUCGACAAAUUGGCCCAAUCUGAAUAAACAUUCAAUGCGGAUUCACUCAAUUGAUUUGAGAAUAAAAAAAGGAAACCUCUUGGCCACAGAAACCAUGGCGACAACACAGCUGUCAACGAAACGUCAGUUUCACAUUUUAAACGUCAAAUGCUGUAAACAAAUAUGCCAGUAUUUUUUUCGGUUCGCUAAAUACGACACUGAAAUAUUGAAAUAUUGCGAAAGAGAGAAAAUGUUGUCUUUGUGUCGUUUGUGUGCCAAUCGCAUAGAUGAUCUUGAAGCAACUGCAGAUAUAUCAGAAUUAUGUCCAAAAUUAAUGUUCUGUUGUGGUUGGAGGUUAUCAGAAAAUGAAUGGCAAAUGCCUCAAAAAGCGUGUCGGUUAUGUGUUGAUGAGCUUCAAAGAAGUUGGAAUUUUUCUGAACGGAUUCGACUGGCCGCAGAAAAACUCCAUAUACUUUCACGCCAAUCAAUCGGCAAUGAACCCGUUGUUCAGAUCAAAGAGGUAGUAAAAGAAGAAAUAGAGUGUUCACCCGAAUUUGAAAAUCUUCAAGCAUCUGCUUUCAAUCCACCGUCUAUUCGAUCGAAUUGUGAAAGUUUACAAAAGAACUUCAAAAAACGUGAAAAAGUAUUCAAAAAAACUGCUGAAAAAACAAACACAAAUCCAGACUCCUUCCUAGCCCUAUUGACUGUUAACGACCGUUUGGCUGAUGGUAAAAUAAGCGAAACCGGUGUUGCCAAACUUGAGACAGAAUUUCCUGAUAUGACCAUGACAUGGAACGAUUGCCAGUACAUCUGUAAAAAAUGUGACAAAACCUUCAAAAGUCCACAAAAUUUCUUCGCACACAAUCGAUCAGUUCAUGUCGAAGAACUUCUUUCAAAUGAAAUUUGCUGUUUUUAUUGCAACGCAAAGCAUAAACGUGAAUAUCUUCUUGAUCGACACAUCGCCGACGACCAUUUUCCUCAUUUAAAAUUCAAAUGUUUUUACUGUACCGCAUACUUUUGGGAUGUACAAAAAUUGAUUAAACAUCGUAGUACCCACAAAGACGUUCAAUACAAAUGUGAAAUUUGCCAGCACAUUUUAUAUAGCCGGGAUUUGUUGUACACACAUGUGUCACAGACACAUUUGAAGAAAAAUUGGGGUGAAUUCAUUUGUGAUAUUUGCUCGAAGACAUUUGCUACCAAAGACAGAAUCAAGAGUCACAUGAUUAAUCAUUCCGGAAAAUGUGACUAUGUUUGUGAUAAAUGCGGGUCCACUUUUCGCCAAAAGUGUAAUUUAAAACAUCAUGUGGAGUCAAUGCACAAUGUUGAGAAAUCAGUGGCUUGCAACCAAUGUGAUAAGAAAUUCACGACGAAACGACAUCUAAAAAUCCAUCUGAAAUAUCAUGGAGAUGAUAAGCCACUGAAGUGCACAAUAUGUGACAGUAGAUUUCGUACAAAACAAGCACUGAAAUACCACAUCAUAGUGCAUACAAAUAAUUUUCCAUUCGAGUGUACUUUUUGUGAUAAAAAGUUCAAGCAUAGGAUCGUUAAAAAGGUUCAUGAACGUACGCAUACAAAUGAAAAGCCAUAUGCAUGCAGUCAGUGCGACUACAAGAGUGCGAACAUCGGAAAUUUAAAUAAACAUUCUCUACGAAUUCAUUCAAUUGAUCUACGGACGAAAAAGGAUGGAAAACCAAAUUCAAAUUAAUGGGGUUAAUUCCUUUCAUAAAAAGAAAAUGUGAAAAUUUCAAAUCAAUCUUGAAUUAAGAAUAGAGAACACUAUUUUACAUAAUUGU